AUGGCACCUAUAGCGAUUCCAAUCCACUCAGGUAUCCAAGAGAGGGACACCGUCCAGCCCAAAAAGGUUACCUUGGAUCUGCCAGAGCUCGCAAAGAAGAGGUUUGAGAAAGCAGGCAUUGACCUUUCAGCUGGCUAUCCGUACACACCUGCGACACCCCUGUAUGUUGACGAUGUGUAUAAGAUCAGGGACUAUGAUCGCGAGCACGUAGAACCUGGAUCUCGAGCUGAUCCAGAGAAGAAAGCUCUGUUCAAUGCAGCCAAGGAAGUCAUACACCUCACUGCUCACAUCGGUACUGAGAUCGUGGGCCUACAGUUGAAGGAUCUCACCGACCAGCAAAAGGAUGAGCUUGGCCUGUUGAUUGCGGAAAGAAGUGUGGUCUUUUUCAGAGACCAGGACCUCUCACCUCAAGAGCAGUUGAAGCUUGGUGAAUGGUAUGGCGAGGUUGAAGUCCAUCCUCAACUACCUUCAGUGCCAGGCGUCCCAGGUACAACUGUGAUCUGGCCUGCACUUCAGGCUACUGAAUUUCCAGCCAGCUUCAGGCAGCCGGGAGGAGCGGCCAGGUGGCACUCCGAUCUCGUGCACGAGAGGCAGCCAGCAGGUGUAACUCACCUCCAUAACGAUACAGUUCCAAAGAUUGGCGGCGAUACACUGUGGGCUUCAGGCUAUGCAGCAUACGAGAAGCUGUCGCCAGACUUCAGGAAGAUCAUUGACGGCAAGCAGGCUGUCUACCGCGGCACGUAUCCAUACCUUGACCGCAACAACCCCACAGCCGGGCCGAAGUACGUCGAGCGCGUGCAUCCGCUCGUUCGAGUGCAUCCUGCGACGGGUUGGAAGGCGCUGUGGGUCAACCGAGCCAUGACUGUGCGCAUUGUUGGCCUGGAUAAGGCUGAGAGUGACUUGAUCCUCGGGUACUUGUAUGAUGUGUACGAGAAGAACGUCGACAUCCAGGUGCGGUUCAGGUGGACGCCUGGCACUUCUGCGCUGUGGGACAACAGAAUCACGAUUCACAACGCCAGCUGGGACUAUGAAGGAAGUGAGCCGAGGCACGGCACGAGAGUAAUAUCGCUCGCGGAGAAACCCUACUUCGAUGCGAAGGCACCUACAAGGCGACAGGCUCUCGGUCUUGCUGGUCCUGACGAUGUGUGA